CCUUGGGGUUGGGAUGACCUGUUUUCCCUUUUCUUCCAGGUUCAACCUUUUAUCUACUUUUCUCAGAUUUCUUUGCCAAGGACACUAUAAGGAUGUGGUCUCAUGGGUCUAGGCGGCUCCCUUUCUUCUUCCAGAGAGCUGAUAAGGAAAUGAGUUAGCUGGAGGGUGUCCAGUCAUCAUGUGCCAGUCCACCAGACCUGACACUGGCAGGAAGUAGAAGGCUUCUUUGUCUUCUGUGCCCCCACUCUCACCAUGUCUUCGACUCAGGGCAAUGGGGAACACUGGAAGUCCCUGGAGUCAGUGGGCAUCAGCCGCAAAGAGCUGGCCAUGGCUGAAGCCCUGCAGAUGGAGUAUGAUGCUUUGUCCCGGCUCAGGCAUGACAAGAAAGAGAGCAGGGCCAAGCAGAACACAGAACCCUCUCUCAUCAGUUGGGAUGAGCCUGCCUUGGAUUUCUACAGCAAGCCAGCAGGAAGGCGAAAUGACCUCAAACUCUUGCGUGGUCUCUCUGGGUCAGAUCCUACCCUCAAUUACAACUCCAUCUCACCACGGGAAGAGCCUCCCAACCACUGUACCUCCCAGGGUCUCCAGCCUGGCCCAGAUCCCUGGCCCAAAGGCUCCCUGUCUGGAGACUAUCUCUACAUUUUUGAUGGUUCAGAUGGGGGGCUCUCUUUGUCCCCAGGACCAGGGGAUAUAGAUGGGUCUUGUAAGAAACUGUCCCCACCUCCUCUACCACCCCGAGUCUCUAUCUGGGAUACACCUCCCCUGCCUCCCAGAAAGGGAUCCCCCUCAUCCUCCAAGAUCUCUCAGCCCAAUGACAUCAACAAUUUUUCUCUGGUUGAACAACCUCCAGGCAAACUCCUGGGGCACCAAAUUCUAGAAGAGGAAGAGUCAUCAGGAGAUGGGGGCCAGGGACGCCUGCUAGGGUCUGUGGACUAUGAUGGCAUCAAUGAUGCAAUUACAAGGCUGAACUUAAAGUCAACCUAUGAUGCAGAGAUGUUGCGUGAUGCCACUAGGGGCUGGAAGGAAGGCCGGGGGCCCCUAGACCUUGGCAAGGAUACUCCUGGGAAGCCUGUGGCUCGGAGCAAGACCAUGCCCCCUCAGGUGCCCCCUCGUACCUACGCCUCCCGCUGUGCCAACCGGAAGAACGCAAUGGCUGGCAAGAACCGCCGGAUUUCUGCUGCUCCGGUGGGCUCCCGACCCCAUACUGUCGCCAACGGCCACGAGUUGUUUGAGGUCUCAGAGGAAAGAGAUGAGGAAGUUGCUGCGUUUUGCCACAUGCUGGAUAUGUAAGAGUUAAA